UCCCUAGAAUGUUUGUUAUCACAGGGAUCCCAUAGGUCAUGUUUGUUUUAAAGGUUUAAACGCAAAGUCUUUUGGGUAGAGUGAAGGGAGCUUUAGAUCUGCAAAGGAACAGUACUGUAUUUUGAAAAUUAUUUUUUAAAAACAGAGAGCAAAGAUGCCUCUCCCUAACUGGGCCAUUAUCGCUGGUGCUUGUAUUUUACCCAAUGUUGGAGGAUGGGCUGGUGGUUUUGUCACAAGGUCUCAAAUAAAGAGCUGGUAUGAAGUGUUAAAGAAGCCGUCUUGGCGUCCACCAAACUGGGCAUUUGGGCCAGUAUGGACCACACUGUACACUAGCAUGGGUUAUGCGUCAUAUUUGGUGUGGAGUGAGGGAGGUGGAUUCAAUGAGACAACCAAGAUUCCUUUGAUGUUGUAUGGAGCACAGCUUGCUCUCAAUUGGGCAUGGACACCUAUCUUCUUUGGCAGUCAUAAACUAGGAGCAGCUCUUGUGGAGAUAACAUUCUUAUGGGCUGGUGUUGCAGGCUGCAUCUAUACAUUUUACCCAAUCAGUAAGCUUGCUGCAGGUCUUUUGGUGCCAUACUUAAGUUGGGUUUCCUUGGCAACAGCACUCAACUACUCCAUCUGGCAGAUGAACAAGCCAGCGAUAAAAGAGGAGUAAAAUAAUAGUCCUUUCAGCUGGCUAGUAGAAAACCUUAAUUAGAUAUACCGACUUUUAAGUUUAAAAAGAAUUAAAAUUGAUGAUGUCUGAUUAUGAAAAAAUGUAGGUGUAGCACGUAGGUGAUGGUAGAUGUAAGGAGUUUUUACUAGAGCAGAUUUCAUAUGGCCAUGAAAACUCAUAUGUACUGCAGCAAUUCUCAUUAUUCUGCAAACUUGUCAGUAGCUGCGGGCUACAAGCUGAAAUUUGGUUUUUAGGUGGCGUCAAUCAAAAAUACUCAGUCAUUACCUUUUAUAAAUAAAUCCUAAAAAAAACAAUAUUUCACAACAAGCCAUUGAAUCGCAGUAAUACAGGUUUACCGGUGUUUGCAUUGCUAUGCCGCCACCCCAGACAAAAAUUGUGACAUGCACUUUGCAAUAGACUUCUGUCAAUCAAACACGUUGACAUCAUUUACACGCGUUUGGAUUGGCCCGGAUAGGCCCGGUGAGUGUGUCUCAUAAUACUCGUAAACAAUCGACCAAAGUUUUGGCACCUUUUUAAUCACGCGUGUAAAUGGCGUCAACGUGUUUGAUUGAAGGCAGUCCAUUGCGAAGUGCACGUCACGAUUUUUGUCUGGGGUGGCCGCGUAGCAAUGCAAACGCAGGUAACAUGCCAUAUGUCUGUGAUACUGAGCACUACAUGUAUGUUUUAACAUAUUAGAUUAUGUUGUGAUCAAGGGAUGUCAUACCAUGACAGUACAAUCUGACAUGCUGUUUCCUGGUCUUUGAAAUAUGUUCAUUCUGACUAAGCCAGAAAGUGUUACUUAUUUAUCAGAGCAUUCUUUCAUCCCUGACUCAAUGAAACCCCUAGCCAGCAUGCAGCCAGACUUUUCUCUCGUGCAGUUACGUUUGUCUGCACUCAGGCUAUGAAAUCCCCGAAUACCUUUGCAGAUUGUUGUACAUGUAGAAUGAUAAUUUAUUCAAUAAUAAAGUAGAUAUUACUAAAGGAA